UGCUCACUCACAGUUUGGGGUAAAUACAUACGGGUAGGAUAACAAAUGUAUUUAAGUAUAUAUAUUAUAUACUGCAAUCUUGUUGGCACAGCCUUUGACCAAGAUGCUUAAUUCAGAAGCCAAUGUGUAAGUAACAUCAUGCAACUUUAUUAAUUACUUUUGGCUAGUCUUGUCUUGUGAGAGAAGGAGGAGUUUCAUCAUUAUUAUAUAAUAAUAAUAAAGAUGAAGCAGCGGUGGAACCAAUAGCAAAGAGAGAGGUUAGGAUGGGAAGAAGCAUUGAUAGGAUCAGUGACAUACCAGAUCCAAUCCUUCAAACCAUCAUCUCUCUGAUGCCUCUAAAAUCAGCAAUCAGGACCAGUGUCCUCUCGAGAAGAUGGAGAUCCCUCUGGGAGUACAACCUUCUCUCUGCCACAACUCUAGACUUUGCUGAGGACUUCUCCACAAACCAAUCACCCAAAGAAUUUGUCCUCUGUCUCAACCGUUACCUGCUCCAACUGCAACACACCAAGAACCUUGAAAAGUUCAGCGUGUACUUCUCCCCCUUUGAUAUCUUCUUUCCUGACAUCCAGAGAUGGAUCUCCUUUGCUACAAGUAAAGGUGUCAAAGAACUCAAUCUGGAUCUCUCCCAAGGUUUCACUGACCCUCGUGAUGGUCGUUUCCAUGAUGAACGCCCAUUCUUUACAUUGCCUGAUUGUUUGUUGGAUUGCAAGUCCUUGACACACUUGAGUUUGAGUCGCUGUGAUUUGCACUCAUCUUGUUUCAGUUUCACAAAUUGGACCCAACUCCAGUCUUUGUCUAUCAAGCAUGUCAGCAUCUCAAAAGACAACCUUGAAAACUUACUGAAUAACUGCAAGUUGCUUGAGAGCUUGAGCCUUAUUAACGCUGUAGAUGGCGCAGUUUUUAGUUUGACACUUGCUCCAGAACAGAGACUCAGUAAGCUAACUCUGGUUGAUGAUUGGGACGCGUUUCACCUGCAGAUUUUUGCACCAAAUUUGCAAUCAUUUCACUAUUAUGGGAAGCACUACCUUAGAAGUCACAGAAUCAAUGUUUCAUCACUUUCGGAUGCAUUUAUCUGCCCGUUGGGGUGCAACCAGGAUGAUGAUCAAGAUUAUGCCGAUCAAGAUUAUGCCAGCUUGUUCCCUGAUCUUUCUCAUGUGAAGGUUCUUACUGUCAACACUGUGAUUCUCAAGGAUUUAAUGUUAACUGCAGAACUCAGACAACUAGUUUUCCCCAUUGAAUUUCAUAAUCUGCAAGAACUACAGCUUUCUUGCUUUUUAUUCAAAAAGAAGAAGAUCCUGUUCAUGCAAAUCCAUGCUAUAAAGGCAAUGGAAACGCCACAAGAUAUUGAUUUCAGCCACCUGAGGGUGAUCAAGAUGACCAACUUCAAAGGAUGGAGAAAUGAGAUCAGGUUGCUGAAGUUUCUUUUGGAAAAAGCUCUUUGUUUGGAGAGCUUGAUUAUACUGGUUGCUCCAUUGGUGGAAAAUGGCAUGGAUUUAGUAUCACAAAAUAAGCAGCUUUCUGAAAGCCAAAGAUUAGCAAUUCUUAGCGGACAAAUAUCUAUGCUACCAAAGGCAUCUUCCCAAGCUCAAAUAAUAUUAUGUGAUUCCUCUCAGGAUGAUAAGAGAAUUCAACCGGUGCAUCAAGGUGUUAACCAUGAGUAUAACCAUUCAGAGGAUCGCUAUGACUUAAUCUCGAGUAUUAGAUCAGGAGUGGAUAUACAAGUGCUUAUUUAGUGUAACAAAAUUUCAUAUCAUGAGGAUUGUCAUAUAAUUCACACCAAAUGGUCCAUAUUGUAACAUCAACAUUUCUGCAGUUUGUAAUGUAAUUAUUUUACAACAA